UUUUUACGACGACUGCAGUAGACAAGGGCCAAACUAUUUUGUAUUAUCGUUGUUACUGCUGUCAGUAUUAUUAUGUUAUCAGUCUAGCAUUUACAAAUCUCUGCUACGAUCAGUAAUCGGGAAUUGACUGAAACUUUGAAUUAGCGAUAACGAGUAAGCCGAAGUUACAACUAACAAUAAUAACAAUAAUCUAAUAGCUCUAAGCUAACGUCUAGCGAUUACGUUAUUAAAAUUUAUAACGCAAUACGUUCGGACUAUUGCUAGUGUACUUACGCAAUUUUAAAAGUGACUACCCUCACCACGCCCGUUUGCGCUUAAAAUUCGCUGCGAACAAACAAUAGCGAGUGUGUCAAGUAGAGGCGUUAUAUGCCAUGGACACGAGUGGCAUAGAAUUUUUGUCGCAAAUUCAAGAAGGACAACUAUACAAGUACACAAACGUAGUCAAAGGAUGGCAACACAGGUGGUUUAUAAUAGACCCAAGAGAAGGAACAUUAAGUUACUUUUUGAGUGAAAAUGAUACCAAACAACAACCACGGGGAUUUAUUUUUUUGGAAUCUGCAGUUGUAUCUCCAAGUGAUGAAGACUCAAAUACAUUUUCUGUAAACUCUUGGAAUGGUGAAUGUUAUAAGCUAAGAGCUGUUGAUGCACGAGCUAGACAAGAUUGGGUAAAUCGUUUGAGAGCUGCUGCAGAGUAUCAUUCACAAAAAAAUGUACAGAAAUAUUCACGAACAAAUAAUGUGUAUGAUUUUUGCCCAAGUGGGGUUAAAAGAUCAUUGGCUAAUGCACGGCAAUAUUUAUCCCAGGCUGAAAACAAUUUUAUUGACAUGGCUCGAGUCAUAGAGAAGCUACCGUCUCAAGGUCCACGCUUAAGAAAUACUGAUCCAGACUUGUUAAUAAUAAAAGCAACAUCACAGUCCAUGAUGUGUGCAUUAGAAAACUGUUAUAAGAUUCUACAACAUUCAAGCAUAGAACAACCAAUCGUUCGAACUUACUCAUUUUUGAAUUCCAAACAGUCUUCCUCAACCACACAUUCAAAAAGAAAAUCACAUACUACAAGUACUUAACUAAUAAGUAAUAAAUUACUAUCAUGUUUUUCUCUUAUUUUUAUAUUUACGUAUAUUCCAUUGAUUAUAAUUGAUUAUUUAUAACAGUAUUGAAUUUUUAAAAAUUUAUUGUUAUAUAUGGAUAUUUUUUUUCUAUUUAUAAGUACCUAAAUUGUAUUAUUAUGUAACAUUUUUAAUCAUUCACAAAUUUAUCAUUAGUUAUUUAAUUCUAAAGACAGGAGAUAUAAUAGUUUAGUUACUAAAAUCUCAAUAAAAUGAAUCAAAAGUUUCAAAGGUCUUUAAUUAAAUUUAUAUUAUUUAAUAAUUAUAUUACGUUAAUAAUAUAUUAUAAAGGAUUACAAAACUGGACUUAAUCAGUUAGUUCAUUUUGUCAUUACAUUCCGGGCUUUUUUUAACUAUAAAAAGAUAGAUAUCAGGUAAAUUAUUGUAUUAUAUAAUUUAAAGCUUCUAUGUUUGUAUUCUAUCAAGAGUACUAUCAAUUUUAGAGCUCCUUAUAGUAUUUUUUAGUUAAAUCAACCCUUUAUUUUAUAUUGUCAUCUUUGUUUCAAAUUCUUGAAGGGAGUGAAGAAGUAAUUAAUUUAAUUAUAUAUAAAUAAUUUUUUUUAAGAAAAACUAUAAUGGUUUCUAAAAAUGUAUCAACUAAUUUAUGUAGCAUAUCAUUUAAUUUAAAACAAAUUUAGUAUUAGAAUAAUAUUUUUUGUAAAUUUAUGGAAACAAUGAUAUCACAAUGUAUUAAAUAUAAUAAAUAAAUAAUAAUAAGAACUAAAAUUAUGAUCAUAAACAUAACAAUUAUGUGUUGGUUUAUAUUAAUUUAAAAAAAGAAAUCAAAUUGUAUUACAUAUUAACAAAUAAAUUGUUUUACAAUGGUAUAUAUUUUGAUGUUUACGAAAUACUGAAUAUAAUUAAAGUGUAAUUUGUACUUUAACCUAACUAUUGAGACUAAGUGUAUACAUUAAAGUAACAAACCCAUAAUUGUAUUUGUAUUUUACAAUCAUAAUAUUACUGUUGUAUACUUUUGUCAGUAACUAAUGCAUAUUAUGUCACGACAGCUGAAUAAUGUUGAAGUCCAAUGUAUAUUUCUAGCGUUCUAAAAUUUCAUGAAAAAAAAAAAAUUGUAUUAUAUUUGUUAUUAACUCAUUGUAAGUAGUAACUACAACAAAUACAUAAAUUACAAUUAUAGAUAUA